UGUCCCCAGGGUUAGGGGGCGCGGGGGUGCGGGUGGGAAGGGGUCGCCUGGAGGUUUUCUUUCCAAACAGCAUCCCGCGGGAACACUCGCGACCUCACUUUACCGUUACCUACCUGCCUAAAUUCCAAGGGAAAGGAGAAAAAAGACGAAAUUUGGGCUAUCUUGAGAUGCAGCUGACUGCCCCAGAGAGCGUAGGAGUACGUUUCUGGGCGUCUCUUCGGCGCGUAGGGAAGGAAAAUUACCGGCAUCAAGUGGUACACAGCAGGGAGAGUACCUUGAGCGCAAAGUUACCUUCUGAGGAUGAAUCGGUCCGUUUGAACAGCUCCAAAGCAUCCGGGUCGAGGCUGUCAGUGGAAUCGUGAUGUGCCAGCCACUUUGAUGUUUGACCUGCAAACCAAACACAUAAUUUUGGGUCUCUCUACUGGCAUCAUUUCCAAAAGUAUUAAUUGGGACAGCGACUCUGGAAAAUCUCAUUAUAUUGAAGUCCAUCUUAAUUUUGGAUUAGUUAAAGCUGAAUAUAGUGCUUGGGAUUUAAAAUAAAUUAUUGUUACAGAAAGAAAACUGUUAAUGGGUUAGAUAAUGUGUGAUUCAGAGGCUAGCAGGGAGGAAACUUCAUUGUUUUGACCAAAAACCUUUUUUCAUAGUUUUUACUUUUAACAUUUUAAAGGAAAAAAACAACAAAUCAAAUAUAUUCAAAAACUUUUCAACUGUCAUUUAACCAACAGUUGUCAAAACAGUGCUUUUAAUUAAUUAAAAUGCAAAGCUACCCACCACUUCUUCGAAGACCUUUACCUCCAAAACUCCCUAAACUGCAUUUGUACAUUCCAAAGCGAGUUUAUAAAGCCAAGACAAGUGAAAUUAAACCACCACAUGUAGAGAUCAUUCAUGAUGAAACCACUUCCACUGAAAGGGAUAAAAGUCAUUUUCUUGAUGGUGUGUCAAGAAAUCAGUCACGAUCCCCUGUCAAUAUCCAAAAUAUCCUUCUUGAUUAUCAUGUGCAAGAAAGAAUGACUACUAUUUCAGUACCCAAAAAGUCUAAGAAGGUCUCCUGGUACUUUCCAAAGACUACUACUACUGUUGCUACUACUACUACUCCUACUGCUACUCCUACAACCGCUGCUAUUACUACUAUAUUUCCCCCAGCUAUUCAUUCAACUUCACCUAAACAUUUUAGGCAAAGAACAAGACAAGAGACAAGUCCAAAAAAAUCAAAAGAAGAGCCAUCAAAAAUAAAAAGUAUUUCUGUGAAGAAUGUGUUAAUGAACUUGUUGGUUUUCUCUUCAGAUACACCCAAAUCUUCAAAAGUUUCUUCCCUAAUCACCUCUCCCAAACACAAGGAAGUUCAUUCUCAGUAUCAUUUAUCAGCAGAUAUGACUGAUGCUUUUAAGCCGCCUCUGGCAUAUACAGGUGCACCAGUGCCAACUCCUCCAUUAAAAACUAUACCUGCUAAACUGGAAAGAAACUGGUAUCAAAGUCGCCAACGUAAACGUACAGCGGUCCUAAAAAUGACUACUUUUUCAGGUUUCAUGACCAUACCAGCAGCAAAAAUGCAGAGGAAACCUCAAAAACAAUCUAUGAUAGAAAGUCAGGUAACAGAUGAAAAUGCCUCAAGGAAACACAAGUCAAUCCAACAUGAAGUCCUCACUAUAUUUGGAAAAGGAAAUGAGCCAUUGAUACAAUCCCUGCAUUCUGGUCAUUAUAAGACUGUUGCAGCAACACAAGAUGAAACGGUACUAUCUAUGAUCAACCUGGCCCUACUAACCUGUCAAAUGUAUGAAAGAAAUGCACUUAGUCUUAAGGGGUUUUUUAUCUCCAAUUGUCCAGACUUAACACCUUUGGCUUUCCAACUGGUAUAUAUUGAUUUGUCAUUUAAUCAUAUCUCUUCCUUUCCUACAGAAGUAUUUUGUGUUAAAUAUUUACAAGUACUGAUUCUGAGAAAUAAUCCUAUCAAAGAAAUCCCUUCUGCAAUUGAACAACUUAAGUACCUUAGAAUUUUCAACAUAGCCUUUAAUUUUAUCACUACUCUUCCACCUGGGUUUUUUUCCUUGUCCCAUCUUGAGAAAGUUGAUCUUUCCUACAAUAGUAUUGAUUUUAUUCCAAACGAAAUCCAGAAACUCAGAUCACUUACAAAACUAGCCAUUAAUGGGAAUGACCUGAGAAGUUUUCCACCUGGAAUAUUGAUGCUUAACCUUAAAAAAAUCCAAUUUGAGAACAAUUAUACUCAUCCUAUUUUUUGGAAAGAUGUCAUUUUGAAUAAUCCACAGAAACUUACUCAACUUACUGCUUUCUUGUUUUUAAAAAGAAAUCUUUUUAAAUAUUACGACGUGAUCCCAGAGGAAAUUCAAAAAUUGCUAAAAUGCACAUCCAGAUGUGAAUGGUGCCUGGGUCCCAAGUUUGGUGAAGGUUUUCGCAUCAUCCAAUUCUAUGAUAUAUUUGGAGCAACAGACCUUCCUGUUUUGUUUCAUGUCUGUUCUUCUUCAUGCUAUAGAAAAGUAAAGGAAAAUAUUUAUUUCGAAUAAUAGUUCCCUGAAAGAGAAGCAGUCGAUUCUAAGUGGAUGUGCCAUGUGAUCAUCCAUGAGCCCACUAUGUGUCCCACUUUCUAAACCAUUAAAAUGUAUAUAUAUUGUAAUUAAUUUCUUUGAGAGUAUAGGUUCCAUAUGGGAGAUUUAAGUGUUUCUCCUGUGAAUCCUCUUUUUAAACCUAGCUCCUUAUGAAAGUUUGUUAUUGUUGUGGAAUUGUUGCAGAAUAAUCAAAGAGGAUUAGUAAUGGUCUUUACAUUUUGAUAUAUAUUUACUUUUCCUUCAGCGCAUGCUUACUUAAAAAGAAAAAUGUUAGACUCCUUUGCAAAAAAGGAUUUGUUUGACAACUGGCCUUUUCAAAUAUCCAAGUGACAAGAUGACAUUUUAAGAUCAUUUGUGGGGUUUAUGCCUCAUGUGGUUUCGAAGCCAUGUACCCAAGUUCUCAAUGUUUGUGCAUUUCUGUGGUAAUCUGCCCAGUGCCAGACAUCUCAAUUUGAAUUGCUUUUGAAAAUAAAAUAUUAAUUCCUAUCCCUUAUUUAGUUUCUUGAAUUAUUAGAAAAUUGGUACAAUCUCUCAGUUAUCUUCCCUUCAUUCAUAAAGAUUGAUUCCAUAAGCUGGUAUCAGCAUUCAACAGGCCUUCAGUAUUAUCCUGGCAAGAAAAUAAAGCAAAUCUUGCAAAAUUACAUUACAAAGUAACAAACACAUACAGUAGAACUCGAGGAUUUAGACUAGUGUUAGGUAAGAGGAAGGUAAAAGAACAUUUUGAUACAAAUAAUUUAAGAAGACAUAGGUUUCACAUAUGGCACAUCUUUUAUUUGCAGCUACAAAAUGUAAUUGCUAAUUUACCUGAAUGAAAUAAAAGGGUUUAAAUUUAUCAGUAGAGAAUAUCAGAAAAUGUA